AAAGUCUCGCGUCAGUUUUGGUUUGAUCGACAAUUUGUUGGAUGGUCUUGAACUCUUUUCUGAAAACUCUACCAUUCCUCUCUUGCCAGAUCGCUCAAGUACAAAUUGGGUGUGCAGGUGCAAGUUUAUCAGCUGCCCCAGAAUCUGGAUUGUCUGACAUGACAUUGAAACAGUGGCUCGUGGAUGAGAUAUCUCAAAUCAAACCGCAGCACUUAACUAUUUCUCAAGCUGAUGCUCUGGUGGUUUAUGUGUACUGUGAUCUAAGAUCUUCAAUUUUGUCCUCAUCAUUGGAGGUGAUACCGUUUCAAUUGGCCCGUCUUUAUCUGCAUCACAUGGGAUUGGUGAUCGUUCUUUCAAUGGCAUUUCUAUUUGGUUAUUUCCUAUACAGCCAUACAAGCAAGAGCGCCCUUUAUUAA